CAGAGAAACAGAAGAGGUGGGGUUUUCUUUGUGGUCUGUUGCUAUAUAAGCCUUCAGUGGAAAUCUGUAUUGUAAAGCUUGAGAGAAGCUGGUAACUCAUGCAGCCUAUUCUGGGACAUAUGCCUGGAUCACAUUGCACAAAGGACAGUCAGAAGAAUAUCGACUAUUCCACUUCUGCUGCACUGUCCACCACCUCUCCUGCCACCACCUUCAUUGAGCUCCAGCCCCUGAUGGCGCACCCGCAGUCUGAGCAUAAUAACUCCCAGGAGGACAGGAAGGAGAAGGAUCCCAUGCAGCAGCCUGGACCCACAACCCUGCACAGGGCCAGAGCCUGCUUCUUUAAAGGAGUCUCAUACUUCUCUGGUGACAUGGAAGUGUUUGGAAAAUGGAUGGAAAAACAGUUUUUCUUGCUGCAGUUACUGGACUGGGUUUUGCGUGGAGCUGCUCAAGUGAUGUUUGUCAACAACCCUCUAAGUGGCCUCAUCAUUUUUGCUGGCCUCAUCCUGCAGAACUACUGGUGGGCUCUCAACGGCUUUGUGGGCACUCUCUUUGCCACCAUUUCUGCCCUUAUUCUGCAACAGAACAGAGGUGCAAUAGCUGCAGGGCUGUAUGGUUACAAUGGCAUCCUGGUGGGACUGCUGAUGGCUGUGUUCUCCAAAGCAGGAGACUGGUACUGGUGGCUCCUGCUACCCAACAUCUUCAUGUCCAUGAUGUGCCCGAUUGUGUCCAGUGCCCUGGCAUCUAUUAACAGUCGCUGGGAUCUGCCAGUGUUCACUCUGCCGUUCAACAUCCUGGUGUGUCUCCACAUGGUCGCCACCGGCCACUACAACCACCACUUCCCCCAAGUCCUCAUUCAGCCUCGCUCAGAGCUGCCCAACAUCACCUGGGCUGAAAUAGAUGUAGCCAAGCUGUUCAUGUCAGUGCCUGUGGGGAUAGGCCAGGUCUACGGCUGUGACAACCCUUGGACAGGAGGAAUCUUCAUCAUCUCACUCUUCAUCUCCUCCCCUAUCACCUGCGCUCAUGCCAUCCUGGGAUCUGCCGUGGGCAUGGUUUCUGGCCUAGCUCUGGCAGCUCCUUUUGGAGACAUUUACUUUGGCCUCUGGGGAUACAACUGUGUGUUAGCCUGCAUUGCCAUCGGAGGAAUGUUUUAUGCUCUCACCUGGCAGGUGCACCUGCUUGCCAUCACAUGUGCUUUUUUUUGUGCAUACCUCGGCUCAGCCAUUGCCAAUAUCAUGUCCAGGUUUGGUCUGCCAGCCUGCACCUGGCCUUUCUGUCUCUCUGCCCUGACUUUCCUCCUCUUAACAACGGGGACCAAUAAGAUUUUCAAGCUGCCACUGGCCAAAGUCACCUACCCCGAGAAAAACCUGGGCUUCUUCUGGAAGCUGAAGAAGCAGGAAAAAAUGGAGAAGGCUGAGAAAGAGAUGAAAGAGAGGGAGGAGCAGCAGAAAGCCAUUGAAGAAGAAGUAAUACUAAACGAGAAAGAGCAACUAAGGCUAGAGCUUGAAACAAUGGAAGAAGGGAGAGUAGUAAAUGAGGCAUCAGAGGGUAAAACUGACAACACAAAUGUCGAAGACCAUGCACCUGGGGUUGAUCAACAGGUUACUGAAGAAGAAAUCAGACACAAUGAUCUAACCGAGGUCGCUGUUACUGAUUAUGUUUAAUACUAUAUUUCUCCAGAGACAGAGAGUGAGAUGAUAUGUUAAUGGCACCUAAAUGCAUGAAGAAUGUAAAUAAGUGUAUCUGUAAAUAUUCUUUCAGAGUAUUUGUAUAUUUUACUAUACGUUGAAAACAUAUGCUGGCAGUUCUUUGAGUCCAGUUGAUGUUUUACUGGAUGAUUUGAUGACAUGUAGCCUUUAUUUGUUUAUAUAUUAAAUGUAUAUAUUUUUUAAAUACAUUAUUUUGUAAUAAUCA